UUUCUCCCCAGGCCUCAGCCUCCGGACGGCCCUGCUAGCCGACCAUGGCGGCAGUGACCAUGACCGUGCCCGGGCAGAAGGGCGCCCUGAAGCCGAGCCCGGUGCCCGAGGCGGCCCAGCCUUACCUCUUCGCGCCCCGCGGGCCUGGCGCGGGGGGCGUGCACGGGUUCGAGGCGGCGGCGCUGCGGGACGAGACCGGCGAGGAGGCGGAGGUGGAGCUGGCCGAGAGCGGCCGGCGGCUGCGGCUGCCGCGGGACCAGAUCCAGCGCAUGAACCCGCCCAAGUUCAGCAAGGCCGAGGACAUGGCGGAGCUGACCUGCCUCAACGAGGCCUCGGUGCUGCACAACCUGCGGGAGAGAUACUACUCCGGCCUCAUCUACACGUAUUCCGGCCUCUUCUGCGUGGUCAUCAACCCCUACAAGCAGCUCCCCAUCUACACGGAGGCCAUCGUGGAGAUGUACCGGGGCAAGAAGCGCCACGAAGUGCCACCCCACGUGUACGCGGUGACCGAGGGGGCCUACCGGAGCAUGCUGCAGGAUCGUGAGGACCAGUCCAUUCUCUGCACCGGGGAGUCCGGAGCCGGGAAGACAGAGAACACCAAGAAGGUCAUCCAGUACCUGGCCCUCGUGGCAUCGUCGCCCAAGGGCAGGAAGGAGCCGGGUGUCCCCGCCUCCGCCAGCAACCUGUCUUAUGGUGAGCUGGAGCGGCAGCUCCUUCAGGCCAACCCCAUCCUGGAGGCCUUCGGCAACGCCAAGACUGUGAAGAACGACAACUCCUCGCGAUUUGGCAAGUUCAUCCGCAUCAACUUCGAUGUUGCCGGGUACAUCGUGGGUGCGAACAUCGAGACCUACCUGCUGGAGAAGUCUCGGGCCAUCCGCCAGGCCAAGGACGAGUGCAGCUUCCACAUCUUCUACCAGCUGCUGGGAGGCGCCAGCGAGCAGCUCAAGGGUGAGACCUGGGCCAUGAUGCGGAUGGUCUCUGCUGUGCUCCAGUUUGGCAACAUCGGCAUCAAGAAAGAAAGGAACACUGACCAAGCCUCCAUGCCUGACAACACAGCGAGCCUCGCGCGCAGUGGGGCCGCGGGUGGUGGUCGGCUGUUACUGCGGCGCCACCAGACGGUCUCUGUGCGCCCGGCCCUGCAGGCUGACUUCGCGCUGGAGGCUCUGGCCAAGGCCACCUACGAGCGCCUCUUCCGCUGGCUCGUCCUGCGCCUCAACCGCGCUCUGGACCGCAGCCCCCGCCAGGGGGCGUCCUUCCUGGGCAUCCUGGACAUCGCUGGCUUCGAGAUCUUCCAGCUGAACUCCUUCGAGCAGCUGUGCAUCAACUACACCAACGAGAAGCUGCAGCAGCUCUUCAACCACACCAUGUUCGUGCUGGAGCAGGAGGAGUACCAGCGGGAGGGCAUCCCCUGGACCUUCGUCGACUUCGGCCUCGACCUGCAGCCUUGCAUCGACCUCAUCGAGCGGCCGGCUAACCCCCCAGGACUCCUGGCUCUGCUGGAUGAGGAAUGCUGGUUCCCCAAGGCCACAGACAAGUCCUUCGUGGAGAAGGUGGCCCAGGAGCAGGGCGGCCACCCCAAGUUCCAGCGGCCACGCCAGUUGCGGGAUCAGGCCGAUUUCAGCGUCCUGCACUAUGCGGGCAAGGUUGACUACAAGGCCAAUGAGUGGCUGAUGAAAAACAUGGACCCUCUGAAUGACAGCGUCGCAACCCUGCUUCAUCAGAGCACCGACAAGCUCACGGCAGAGAUCUGGAAAGACGUGGAGGGCAUCGUGGGGCUGGAGCAGGUGAGCAGCCUGGGGGACGGCCCCCCCGGAGGCCGGCCCCGGCGCGGCAUGUUCCGCACGGUGGGGCAGCUCUACAAGGAGUCCCUGAGCCGCCUCAUGGCCACGCUCAGCAACACCAACCCCAGCUUCGUCCGCUGCAUCGUGCCCAACCACGAGAAGAGGGCUGGGAAGCUGGAGCCCAGGCUGGUGCUGGAGCAGCUGCGCUGCAAUGGGGUGCUGGAGGGCAUCCGCAUCUGCCGCCAGGGCUUCCCCAACCGCAUCCUCUUCCAGGAGUUCCGGCAGCGAUAUGAGAUCCUGACACCCAACGCCAUUCCCAAGGGCUUCAUGGACGGGAAGCAGGCCUGCGAGAAGAUGAUCCACGCCUUGGACCUGGAACCCAACCUCUACCGCGUGGGACAGAGCAAAGUCUUUUUCCGGGCGGGGGUGCUGGCCCAUCUGGAAGAGGAGCGAGACCUGAAGGUCACAGACAUCAUCGUGUCCUUCCAGGCAGCUGCUCGGGGAUACCUGGCUCGGAGAGCCUUCCAGAAGCGGCAGCAGCAGCAGAGUGCCCUGAGGGUGAUGCAGCGGAACUGUGCAGCUUACCUCAAGCUGAGACACUGGCAAUGGUGGCGCCUGUUCACCAAGGUGAAGCCACUGCUGCAGGUGACCCGGCAGGAUGAGGUGCUACAGGCGCGGGCUCAGGAGCUGCAGAAAGUGCAGGAACUGCAGCAGCAGAGCGCCCGGGAAGUGGGCGAGCUCCAGAGCAGGCUGGUACAGCUGGAGGAGGAGCGCACCCGCCUGGCAGACCAGCUGCGAGCAGAGGCAGAGCUGUGCGCCGAGGCCGAGGAGACGCGAGGGCGGCUGGCGGCCCGGAAGCAGGAGCUGGAGGUGGUGGUGUCGGAGCUGGAGGCCCGCGUGGGGGAGGAGGAGGAGUGCAGCCGCCAGCUGCAGACCGAGAAGAGGAGGCUGCAGCAGCAUAUACAGGAGCUGGAGACCCACCUGGAGGCUGAAGAGGGGGCUCGGCAGAAGCUGCAGCUGGAGAAGGUGACCACGGAGGCCAAGAUGAAGAAGUAUGAGGAAGAUCUGCUCCUCUUGGAAGACCAGAACGCCAAGCUGAGCAAGGAGCGGAAGAUGCUGGAGGAGCGUCUGUCCGAGUGCUCGUCCCAGGCGGCCGAGGAGGAGGAGAAGAUCAAGAGCCUCAAUAAACUUCGGCUCAAAUACGAGGCCACCAUCGCGGACAUGGAGGACCGCCUGCGGAAGGAGGAGAAGGGCCGCCAGGAGCUGGAGAAGCUGAAGCGGCGCCUGGACGGCGAGAGCUCGGAGCUGCAGGAGCAGAUGGCCGAGCAGCAGCAGCGGGCUGAGGACCUGCGGACCCAGCUGGGCCGCAAGGAGGAGGAGCUGCAGGCGGCCUUGGCCAGGGCAGAGGAGGAAGGUGGGGCCCGGGCCCUCCUGCUCAAAUCCCUGCGGGAGACACAAGCAGGACUGGCCGAAGCCCAGGAGGACCUGGAGGCCGAGCGCCUGGCCAGGGCGAAGGCGGAGAAGCAGCGCCGGGACCUGGGCGAGGAGCUGGAGGCUCUGCGGGGUGAGCUGGAGGACACGCUGGACUCCACCAACGCUCAGCAGGAGCUCCGGUCCAAGAGGGAACAGGAGGUGACAGAGUUGAAGAAGGCUCUGGAGGAGGAGGCACGUGUUCAUGAGGUGGCUGUGCAGGAGCUGAGGCAGCGCCAUGGCCAGGCCCUGGGAGAGCUGGCCGAGCAGCUGGAGCAGGCCCGAAGGGGCAAGGGCGCGUGGGAGAAGACGCGGCUGGCGCUGGAGGCCGAGGUCUCGGAGCUGCGGGCGGAGCUGAGCAGCAUGCAGACUGCGCGCCAGGAGGGCGAGCAGCGGAGGCGCCGCCUGGAGUUGCAGCUGCAGGAGGUGCAGGGCCGGGCCGGAGAUGGGGAACGGGCCCGAGCGGAGGCCGCCGAGAAGCUGCAGCGAGCCCAGACGGAGCUGGACAACGUGUCGGGGGCGCUGAGCGAGGCCGAGUCCAGGGCCAUCAGGCUGAGCAAGGAGCUCAGCAGCGCGGAGGCCCAGCUGCAUGACUCCCAGGAACUCCUGCAGGAGGAGACCAGGGCGAAGCUGGCCCUGGGGGCCCGGGCACGAAACCUGGAGGCUGAGGCCGCGGGGCUUCGCGAGCAGCUGGAGGAAGAGGCCGCAGCGCGGGAGCGGGCCGGCCGGGAGCUGCUGACGGCCCAGGCGCAGCUCUCAGAGUGGCGCCGGCGCCAGGAGGAAGAGGCCGGGGCCCUGGAGACCAGUGAGGAGGCGCGGCGCCGGGCUGCCCGCGAGGCUGAGGCCCUGACCCAGCGCCUGGCGGAAAAGGCCGAGGUGGUGGAGCGGCUGGAGCAGGGCCGCCGGCGGCUGCAGCAGGAGCUGGACGACGCCACCAUGGACCUGGAGCAGCAGCGGCAGCUCGUGACCUCGCUGGAGAAGAAGCAGCGCAAGUUCGACCAGCUUCUGGCAGAGGAGAAGUCUGCCGUGCUGCGGGCAGUGGAGGAGCGUGAGCGGGCCGAGGCGGAGGGCAGGGAGCGCGAGGCUCGGACCCUGUCACUGACCCGGGCGCUGGAGGAGGAGCGGGAAGCGCGCGAGGAGCUAGAGCGGCAGAACCGGGCCCUGCGGGCUGAGCUGGAGGAACUGCUGAGCAGCAAGGAUGAUGUGGGCAAGAGUGUGCACGAGCUGGAACGAGCCCGCAGGGUGGCCGAACAGACAGCCAGCGACCUGCGGACGCAGGUGACAGAGCUGGAGGACGAGCUCACCGCCACAGAGGACGCUAAGCUGCGCCUGGAGGUGACGGUGCAGGCCCUCAAGGCCCAGCACGAGCGGGACCUGCAAGGCCACGAUGAGGCCGGGGAGGAGCGACGGCGGCAGCUGGCCAAGCAGGUAGGCGGGGCCGUCAGCCAGCUGGAUGAGGAAACACGAGAGCGGACGCGCAAGCCUGGGGGCGCCAGUCCCAGGCUGAGGAGCCCGCUUGGGCGCAUGGGGGAGGGGCCUACCUGCCGCGUCCCUUCCCAGGCCCAGUUGAAGGAGCUGUGGCGGGAGGUGGAGGAGAUGCGCACCAUUCGGGAGGAGGCCUACACCCAGAACAAGGAGAGCGAGAAGCGAUUCAAGGUCUUGGAGGCCGAGGUGCUGCGGCUGCAGGAGGAACUGGAGGCCUCGGACCGCGCCCGCCGGCAGGCCCUGCAGGAGCGGGAUGAGAUGGCUGAUGAGGUGGCCAACGGCAACCUGAGCCGGACUGCAAUUCUGGAGGAGAAGCGGCAGCUGGAGGGGCGCCUGGGGCAGCUGGAGGAGGAGCUGGAGGAGGAGCAGAGCAACACGGAGCUGCUGAAUGACCGCCACAACAAGCUGGUCCUCCAGGUGGAGUCUCUGACCACAGAGCUGUCGGCCGAGCGCAGCUUCUCGUCCAAGGCAGAGAGUGGACGGCAGCAGCUGGAGCGGCAAAUCCAGGAACUCCGGGGGCGGCUGGGUGAGGAGGAUGCUGGGGCCCGGGCCCGGCAGAAGAUGGUCAUUGCUGCCCUUGAGUCUAAGCUGGCCCAGGCUGAGGAGCAGCUGGAGCAGGAGACCAGGGAGCGCAUCCUCUCCGGCAAGCUGGUGCGCAGGGCUGAGAAGCGGCUUAAGGAGGUGGUGGUGCAGGUGGAAGAGGAGCGGAGGGUGGCCGACCAGCUCCGGGACCAGCUGGAGAAGGGAAACCUUCGAAUCAAACAGAUGAAGAGGCAGCUGGAGGAGGCUGAAGAGGAAGCUUCCAGGGCCCAGGCCGGCCGCAGGAGGCUGCAGCGGGAGUUGGAGGAUGCCACAGAGUCUGCUGAGUCCAUGAACCGGGAGGUGACGACGCUGAGGAACCGGCUCCGGCGCGUCCCGCUCACCUUCACCACCCGCACGGUGCGCCAAGUCUUCCGGCUGGAGGAGGGCGUGGGCUCGGACGAAGAGGCGGAGGAGGCGGAGCCUGGGUCCGGGCCCCCCCAGGAACGCGAGGGGCCUCCCGCUGCCCAGCCCCAGUGACCUUCCCCCCGCCAGCCCCCUCCCCAGCCACCCAGCCCCGCCCUCCCUGGCCCCAGGGGCACCUGUCCUAGGAAACCGCCCUCUGGCUUCUCGCACUUUGGAGAUGGUGUCACUCUCUGGCACCGUAGCACUUAUCAGCCCCACGGGGGGCACCUGAGCCCCCUAAACAGAGGUGCUGGCCAGCAGGGAAGCAAGGACUGGGACUCUCGCUUGGGAGGAAAUUGGGGUGUCGUUCACCAGCUGUGGUCCCAUCUGGCUCCCCAUCCUUCCUUCAGUUGUUAAUGAUCUUUAUUAGGAAGGGAGCACGCCUCCCCACCCCCAAUCAUGGAGUCAGUCUCCACCAGCCCCGCCCCGCGCGCGUGUGAGCGAGGCGCCCUCGCCGAGGGGCAGACCCGCCAGCCCCGCCCCGCCCCCGCUGCUCUGCCCUACCUACCCGUUGCACUUGUGUGAUCACCAUUGAUUUGGAGUUUCCGGGAGCGGUCGGAGGAGUACCCCUUAACUCCCAUCCUCCAGGCUCUGGCCGCAAUAAAGUCCAACCCAGACGGGCUCCCCCUG